AUGCAAGUAAUAUUCGUUCAUUCGUUGACAUUUAAAAUAUUUACUGUAUUAUUGAUUUUUAUACUACCUUCUUAUUGCUUUAUAAUAAAAGAUAGUAAAAUAAUUAAUGAUACAUGGAGAUAUGAAAAUAAGGAGAAUACAAAUAAGAUAGGGUCAUAUAGAAAAAAACUUAGACAUAAUGUUAGUGUAAAUAAAGAUAUAAAAGAAAAUGAACAUAUUAUGUCAUCAUAUGAAAAUGAGAAAUAUAUAAAAAAGCUAUUAGAAGAUUAUGAAAAAUAUAAAAUUACGACAUAUAGUUCAGAAUAUACAUUUUUUUUCCCAGGGCAAGGUGAACAAUAUAUGUCUAUGGGAUUAGAUACAUAUAAUAAUUAUAAAGAAUGUAAAGAAUUAUAUAAUGAUGCAAGUAAAAUAUUAGGAUAUAAUUUAAUGGAUAUGAUAAAAAAUGGACCGAUAGAAAAAUUAAAAAAUUCAGAAGUAGCACAACCAUCUAUAUAUACAGUAUCUAUGGCUUCAUUAGAAAAAUUAAAAAUUGAAAACAAUGAUGCUUAUAUGAAAUUAAAUUUAUGUAUGGGUUAUUCAUUAGGAGAAUAUGCAGCCUUAACAUGUGCAAAUUCCUUAUCAUUUGAAGAUGGUGUAUAUUUAACAAAAGAACGAGGUAAAGCAAUGCAAUAUUGUUCUACAUUAUAUAAUAUGACAACUGUUGCUAUUGUAGGAUUAACAUUAGAUAAUAUAAAGAAACUUAUAGAAGAUGUUAACUAUAAAAUGAAUGAUGAUAUUUUUAUUGUUAGUUAUAUGACAAAUAAAAAAUUUGGUUUAUGUGGAAAACCAGAAUCUAUGGAUUAUCUUAAUACAUUAGCAAAAGAAAAAUAUAAAGCAAUAUUUACAAAAAAAUUAGAAAUAGCUGGAGCUUUCCAUUCUUUUUAUAUGUUUCCAGCAAAAGAAACAUUAAAAAAUGUUUUAAAUCAAAUAACAUUCAAAAAGUUAUCCGUACCCGUCAUAUCAAAUGUGGAUGGAAAUGCAUAUGAUGAUCCCGUUAUUAUUAAGGAUCUUUUAAUUCUUCAAUUAACUAGCCCAAUUAAAAUUAAUACAUGCUUACAAAAUGUUUUAAAACAUGGUUAUAAAUCUGGAUAUGAAUUGGGACCAGGUACUAUAAAUACGAAUUUGUUACGAGACAUAUCAAAAAAUACAAAAAGGGCAAUUCCAUAUAUAUGA